AUGGCCAAAGACGACACUUUACGUAAAUCGCGUCGUUCUAAUGGCUUCUCCCGUCGACGUCGACGCACCAACAGCGAUGAAAAUGUAUCGUCUACAUCAAAAAACACUGACGAUCAGUCUCAUACUGAAAUUAUCCCGGAUUUUCGCUCCAAACGCACGUUAAAAGCUGCUUCAGACGAGAGCAAACUCACACCGGAAGAACGCGAACGAUUACGUGAUCGUGAAGAACGGGACGCUUUUGCUGAACGAUUACGUCAACGUGAUGAGAAUCGCACGAAGCACAAGCGAAAGGCAGAGGACAUUGAAGCCUCACAAGUUGCAGGAGGUCUCACAAGCGACGAGAUCAAGCAAUUGGCCAAAAGAGGGACAAUUGAAGACGAACAGAGUGUUCUAAGUGAUAAGCUCAAGAGAUUAAGGGAGCUCAGUCGACAGGAAUAUCUUAAAAAGAGAGAAGAGAAGGAACUGGAGCUACUGGAGUUCCAGCUAAAAGAUGAGGAUGUCCUAUUUGAAGAGUCCCAGAAGUCUAAAAAAGAACAGGAACAACUGGAACUUAAUAAAAGGAUAUUAGAGACAGCUAAAGCCAGAUCGAAAAAGGACGAAGUCGAGGGGUAUCAGAUUCCUGAUUCUUAUGACGAAGUAGACGAUGAAGGCAAUCGAAUCCGCAAGAAAGAAGAGUUAUUGACAGAUCGAUAUGAAGAAGAAGAGAUUUGGAGCCAAAGACAAACACAAGAAAAAAAAGAGGAAGAGGACGAAUUUGUGUUUGAUGACCAGAUUGACUUUAUUUCGCAUCAAAUGCUGUCGGGACAUCAUGUGAGCGAGGAAGAUGUAAGGGAUGCGAGGAAAAAGAUGGAAGCGGCCAAGCAUUUGAGUAUGCAGGACGGUAGGAAACAGUUGCCAGUGUUUCCGUAUCGCGAAUCGCUGCUCGAGGCGAUUCGUAAUUAUCCUGUGGUUAUCAUAGAAGGAGAGACCGGGUCGGGUAAAACGACGCAGAUCCCACAAUAUCUGCACGAAGUGGGAUACUCAGAGCUGGGUAUUAUUGGCUGUACGCAACCUCGACGCGUUGCUGCAAUGAGCGUGGCAGCGCGUGUGGCGCAGGAGAUGGACGUUAAGCUGGGUAACGAAGUGGGUUACUCGAUCCGUUUUGAAGACUGCACUAGUGAUAUGACGGUGAUUAAGUAUAUGACGGAUGGUAUGCUGCUGCGCGAAUUCUUGACCGAGCCCGAUCUUAAGUCGUACAGUGUCAUGAUUAUCGAUGAGGCACACGAGCGCACUCUAAGUACGGAUAUCUUGUUCGGUCUCAUCAAGGAUAUUGCGCGCUUCCGAGAUGAUAUCAAGAUCAUUGUGGCUAGUGCGACGCUGGAUGCGACCAAGUUCAGCGCGUACUUUGAUGAUGCACCGAUCUUUAAGAUUCCUGGACGUAUGUAUCCUGUGGAUAUUCUGUACACGAAGGCCCCCGAGGCUGACUACCUGGAUGCUGCCAUCGUGACCGUGCUGCAGAUUCAUAUUACCCAGCCACUUGGAGACAUCCUUGUAUUCUUUACAGGUCAAGAGGAGAUCGAAGCAGCUGAAGAAAUCUUACUUCAGCGCACUCGGGGUCUUGGCUCUCGAAUACGAGAGUUGUUAAUUCGGCCGAUUUAUGCAACGUUACCCUCUGAACGCCAGGCAGAAGUGUUCGAGCCUACACCAGAGGGUGCUCGCAAAGUGGUGCUGAGUACAAAUAUUGCGGAGACGUCGCUCACUAUCGCUGGUAUCUGCUACGUGAUCGAUACAGGCUUUUGCAAACAGACCAACUACAAUGCACAGACCGGUAUGGAGUCCUUGCUGGUGGCUCCCGUCUCUCAAGCCAUGGCUAAUCAACGUGCUGGUCGAGCAGGCCGUACAGCUCCAGGCAAAUGCUUCCGUUUGUACACUGCGUGGUCGUACACGAACGAACUGGAUGCGAAUACCGUGCCUGAAAUUCAGCGCACGAACCUUGCAAGUGUAGUUCUGCUCAUGAAAUCGCUUGGCAUCAACGAUCUACUUCACUUCGACUUUAUGGACCCACCGCCCGAGAAGGCUCUAAUUCGCUCACUGGAACAGCUUUAUGCACUUGGCGCUUUGAAUGGCUUGGGUGAAUUAACAAAACUGGGGCGUCGCAUGGCCGAGUUCCCAUUAGAUCCUAUGAUGUCUAAAGCGCUGCUUGCGUCAGAGAAGUUUGGCUGCGUCGAAGAAGUAAUGACGGUCUGCGCCAUGCUGAGUGUAAACAACUCGAUCUUUUACCGGCCAAAGGACAAGGCAGUACAUGCUGACAACGCUCGACUCAACUUUACGCGAGGUGGCGGUGGUGACCACAUCACGCUGAUGAAUGUGUAUAACCAAUGGGUUGAGACAAACUAUUCCACUCAGUGGACGUACGAAAACUUUGUCAUCAUGCGCUCACUGAAGACUGCUCGUGACGUACGAGAGCAGCUAGAAGGUCUUUGUGACCGCGUGGAACUCGAGCGUACAAGCAACCGUAGUGACCACGAACCGAUCCGUAAAGCCAUAUGCGCAGGCUAUUUCUACAACACAGCGAAGCUGGACAACUCGGGACACUACAAGACGGUAAAGAAGGCACAGUCCGUGUACAUCCAUCCAAGCUCAUGCCUCAUCAAGCUCGAAGAAGUUCCGCGUUGGGUCGUAUAUCACGAACUGGCCUUCACGACGAAAGAGUACAUGCGCAGUGUGAUUCCGAUCAAGUCCGAGUGGCUAGUAGAACUUGCGCCGCAUUAUUAUAAAACCAAAGAAGUUGAAGACGCACGUACCAAGAAGAUGCCCAAGGCUGUUGGUCGAGCAGGUUAA